AUGCUCCCGCUUUCCAUCACCCCGCCCCAUUCUCCCGUUUUCUAUCACCCCGCCCCAUUCUCCCGCUUUCCAUCACCCCGCCCCAUUCUCCCGCUUUCCAUCACCACGCCCCAUUCUCCCGCUUUCCAUCACCCCGCCCCCCCGCCCCAUUCUCCCGCUUUCCAUCACCCCGCCCCAUUCUCUCGCUUUCCAUCACCCUGCCCCAUUCUCCCUCCUUCCAUCACCCCGCCUCAUUCUACCUCCCUCCAUCACCCCGCCCCAUUCUCCCGCUUUCCAUCACCCCGCCCCGUUCUCCCGCUUUCCAUCACCCCGCCCCAUUCUCCCGCUUCCCAUCAUCCCGCCCCAUUCCCCCGCUUUCCAUCACCCCUCCCCAUUCUCCCUCCUUCCAUCACCCCGCCCCAUUCUCCCGCUUUCCAUCACUCGCCCCAUUCUCCCGCUUUCCAUCACCUCGCCUCAUUCUCCUGCUUUCCAUCACCUCGCCCCAUUCUUCUGCUUUCCAUCACCCCGCCCCAUUCUCCCGCUUUCCAUCACCCCGCCCCAUUCACCCGCAUUCCAUCACCCGCCCCAUUCUCCCGCUUUCCAUCACCCCGACCCAUCCUCCCGCUUUUCAUCACCCCGCCCCAUUCUCCUGCUUUCCAACACCCCGCCCCAUUCUCCCGCUUUCCAUCACCCCGCCCCAUUCUCCCGCUUUCCAUCACCCUGCCCCAUUCUCCCGCUUUCCAUCACCCCGCCCCAUUCUCCCUCCUUCCAUCACCCCGCCUCAUACUCCCUCCUUCCAUCACCCCGCCCAAUUCUCCCGCUUUCCAUCACCCCGCCCCAUUCUCCUGCUUUCCAUCACCCAGCCCCAUUCUCCCGCUUUCCAUCACCCCGCCCCAUUUUCCCGCUUUCCAUCACCCCGCCCCAUUCUCCCGCUUUCCAUCACCCCGCCCCAUUCUCCCGCUUUCCAUCACCCCGACCCAUUCUCCCUCCUUCCAUCACCCCGCCCCAUUCUCCUUCCCAUCACCCCGCCCUCCUUCCUUCCAUCACCCCGCCCCAUUCUCCCUCCUUCCAUCACCCCGCCCCGUUCUCCCGCUUUCCAUCACCCCGCCCCAUUCUCCCACUUUCCAUUUCCCCGCCCUAUUCUCCUGCUUUCCAUCACCCCGCCCCAUUCUCCCACUUUCCAUCACCCCGCCCCAUUCUCCCGCUUUCCAUCACCCCGCCCCAUUCUCCCCCUUUCCAUCACCCCGCCCCGUUCUCCCGCUUUCCAUCACCCCGCCCCAUUCUCCCGCUUCCCAUCAUCCCGCCCCAUUCCCCCGCUUUCCAUCAUCCCUCCCCAUUCUCCCUCCUUCCAUCACCCCGCCCCAUUCUCCCGCUUUCCAUCACUCGCCCCAUUCUCCCGCUUUCCAUCACCUCGCCUCAUUCUCCUGCUUUCCAUCACCCCGCCCCAUUCUUCUCCUUUCCAUCACCCCGCCCCAUUCUCCCGCUUUCCAUCACCCCGCCCCAUUCACCCGCAUUCCAUCACCCGCCCCAUUCUCCCGCUUUCCAUCACCCCGACCCAUCCUCCCGCUUUUCAUCACCCCGCCCCAUUCUCCUGCUUUCCAACACCCCGCCCCAUUCUCCCGCUUUCCAUCACCCCGCCCCAUUCUCCCGCUUUCCAUCACCCUGCCCCAUUCUCCCGCUUUCCAUCACCCCGCCCCAUUCUCCCGCUUUCCAUCACCCCGCCCCAUUCUCCCUCCUUCCAUCACCCCGCCUCAUACUCCCUCCUUCCAUCACCCCGCCCAAUUCUCCCGCUUUCCAUCACCCCGCCCCAUUCUCCUGCUUUCCAUCACCCAGCCCCAUUCUCCCGCUUUCCAUCACCCUGCCCCAUUUUCCCGCUUUCCAUCACCCCGCCCCAUUCUCCCGCUUUCCAUCACCCCGCCCCAUUCUCCCGCUUUCCAUCACCCCGACCCAUUCUCCCUCCUUCCAUCACCCCGCCCCAUUCUCCUUCCCAUCACCCCGCCCUCCUUCCUUCCAUCACCCCGCCCCAUUCUCCCUCCUUCCAUCACCCCGCCCUGUUCUCCCGCUUUCCAUCACCCCGCCCCAUUCUCCCACUUUCCAUUUCCCCGCCCUAUUCUCCUGCUUUCCAUCACCCCGCCCCAUUCUCCCACUUUCCAUCACCCCGCCCCAUUCUCCCGCUUUCCAUCACCCCGCCCCAUUCUCCCCCUUUCCAUCACCCCGCCCCAUUCUCCCGCUUUCCAUCACCCCGCCCCAUUCUCCCGCUUCCCAUCAUCCCGCCCCAUUCCCCCGCUUUCCAUCACCCCUCCCCAUUCUCCCUCCUUCCAUGACCCAACCCCAUUCUCCCGCUUUCCAUCACCCGCCCCAUUCUCCCGCUUUCCAUCACCUCGCCCCAUUCUCCCGCUUUCCAACACCCCGCCCUAUUCUCCCGCUUUCCAUCACCCCGCCCCAUUCUCCCCCCCAUUCUCCCGCUUUCCAUCACCCCGCCCCAUUUUCCCGCUUUCCAUCACCCCGCCCCAUUCUCCCGCUUUCCAUCACCCUGCCCCAAUCUCCCGCAUUCCAUCACCCCGCCCCAUUCUCCCGCUUUCCAUCACCCUGCCCCAAUCUCCCGCUUUCCAUCACCCCGCCCCAUUCUCCCGCUUUCCAUCACCCCGCCCCAUUCUCCCGCUUUCCAUCACCCCGCCCCAUUCUCCCGCUUUCCAUCACCCUGCCCCAUUCUCCCGCUUUCCAUCACACCGCCCCAUUCUCCCGCUUUCCAUCACACCGCCCCAUUCUCCCGCUUUCCAUCACCCCGCCCCAUUCUCCCUCCUUCCAUCACCCCGCCCCAUUCUCCCACUUUCCAUCACCCCGCCCCAUUCUCCCGCUAACAUCACCCUUCUCGAUUCUCCCGCUUUCCAUCACCCCGCCCCAUUCUCCCUCCUUCCAUCACCCCGCCCCAUUCUCCUGCUUUCCAUCACCCGCCCCAUUCUCCCGCUUUCCAUCACCCCGCCCCAUUCUCCCGCUUUCCAUCACCCCGACCCAUUCUCCCUCCUUCCAUCACCCCGCCCCAUUCUCCUUCCCAUCACCCCGCCCUCCUUCCUUCCAUCACCCCGCCCCAUUCUCCCUCCUUCCAUCACCCCGCCCCGUUCUCCCGCUUUCCAUCACCCCGCCCCAUUCUCCCACUUUCCAUUUCCCCGCCCUAUUCUCCUGCUUUCCAUCACCCCGCCCCAUUCUCCCACUUUCCAUCACCCCGCCCCAUUCUCCCGCUUUCCAUCACCCCGCCCCAUUCUCCCCCUUUCCAUCACCCCGCCCCAUUCUCCCGCUUUCCAUCACCCCGCCCCAUUCUCCCGCUUCCCAUCAUCCCGCCCCAUUCCCCCGAUUUCCAUCACCCCUCCCCAUUCUCCCUCCUUCCAUCACCCAGCCCCAUUCUCCCGCUUUCCAUCACCCGCCUCAUUCUCCCGCUUUCCAUCACCUCGCCCCAUUCUCCCGCUUUCCAACACCCCGCCCCAUUCUCCCGCUUUCCAUCACCCCGCCCCAUUCUCCCGCUUUCCAUCACCCCGCCCCAUUCUCCCUCCUUCCAUCACCCCGCCUCAUUCUCCCUCCUUCCAUCACCCCGCCCCAUUCUCCCGCUUUCCAUCUCCCCGCCCCAUUCUCCUGCUUUCCAUCACCCAGCCCCAUUCUCCCGCUUUCCAUCACCCCGCCCCAUUUUCCCGCUUUCCAUCACCCCGCCCCAUUCUCCCGCUUUCCAUCACCCUGCCCCAAUCUCCCGCAUUCCAUCACCCCGUUCCAUUCUCCCGCUUUCCAUCACCCUGCCCCAAUCUCCCGCUUUCCAUCACCCCGCCCCAUUCUCCCUCCUUCCAUCACCCCGCCCCAUUCUCCCGCUUUCCAUCACCCCGCCCCAUUCUCCUGCUUUCCAUAACCCCGCCCCGUUCUCCCUCCUUUCAUCACCCGCCCCAUUCUCCCUCCUUCCAUCACCCCGCCCCAUUCUCCCUCCUUCCAUCACCCCGCCCCAUUCUCCCGCUUUCCAUCGGCCCACCCCAUUCUCCCGCUUUCCAUCACCCGGCCCCAUUCUCCCGCUUUCCAUCACCCCGCCCCAUUCUCCUGCUUUCCAUCACCCCGCCCCAUUCUCCCGCUUUCCAUCACCCAGCCCCAUUCUUCCUAUCACCCCGCCCCAUUCUCCCGCUAUCCAUCACACCGCCCCAUUCUCCCGCUUUCCAUCACCCCGCCCCAUUCUCCCUCCUUCCAUCACCCCGCCCCAUUCUCCCACUUUCCAUCACCCCGCACCAUUCUCCCGCAAACAUCACCCAUCUCUAUUCUCCCGCUUUCCAUCACCCCGCCCCAUUCUCCCUCCUUCCAUCACCCCGCCCCAUUCUCCCGCUUUCCAUCACACCGCCCCAUUCUCCCGCUUUCCAUCACCCCGCCCCAUUCUCCCGCUUUCCAUCACCCCGACCCAUUCUCCCUCCUUCCAUCACCCCGCCCCAUUUUCCUUCCCAUCACCCCGCUCUCCUUCCUUCCAUCACCCCGCCCCAUUCUCCCUCCUUCCAUCACCCCGCCCCGUUCUCCCGCUUUCCAUCACCCCGCCCCAUUCUCCCACUUUCCAUUUCCCCGCCCUAUUCUCCCGCUUUCCAUCACCCCGCCCCAUUCUCCCACUUUCCAUCACCCCGCCCCAUUCUCCCGCUUUCCAUCACCCCGCCCCAUUCUCCCGCUUUCCAUCAAGCUCCUAGAAAAUGCAAGCUCCAGGACCAGGCAAGCUCCUGGAUCACACAAGCUCUUGGACCGGGCACGUUCGUGGACCAGGCAAGCUCUUGGACCAGGCAGGCUGCAGGACCAAGCUAG